GAGAGAGAGAGAGAGAGCGAUCGGUUGUUGAAGCUCGAAGAGGUUGGCGCGUACCGAUUCGGGAUGGAAACGCUGAAGUAUUACGCGAAUUUCGUGGACCCUCACUGGGUAGCCAUGAUUGCGACAGGACUGUACACGCAUCUUCGACAAAUCUGCAUAAUCGGCCUGUGCUUCAAGGAGAACCAUCUGCCGUUCGACCCGUCGUACUCGUCGGUGCUUUUCGUGUUCUCGGUGCUGUGCCUCUUAGCGGAAUACAAAUUAUGGCCUGUAACUCUCAAGGAGCCACCGAUCCACCUGAUGUAUAUCUACGAGAUGUUGGUAGCUGCAUUGAGCACCAAUUUGGCGAUCGAUAUCAUAUGGACACCAAUGAUGCACGCGAUCUAUUGUCUAACUCAAGAAUCCAGUAAAUGGCUGUUUUGGCUGAACUCCACUUUGGGUCUGGAUAGUUACUCCUGGUUGACUUUGUUCGCGGAUUACAUGGCCAAGGAGUACGCGGCCAUGCAAAUUGCGUAUUGCACGUCGUUGUUGUCGUUCGUAUGGAUGCUGGAUGCGACCGAAUCUGUGGAGACGUUCCUGGACAUGUGGAGCAAGUAGUGAAUCCUGACAAACAACUCCAAAUCUAAUCCGCAAAACCGCUCGACAUUUCUCCGCAACCCGCGGGUACCGCAAGCGGCCGUAAACGCAAGAGGAUCACUUUUAGCGAUCCGGAAGUCACCCAAUGGUUCUUCUACAAACUUCGUCGGAUGAUGCCGUUCGUGACAAAUCGUGGUGGUUGCAGCUUCUCGUAGUCCUCAACGUCGUAUAUAUUUAUCUUGUUUACGUCCUUGUGUAUUUAAUAAAUGCUU